GCAUUUGCGCUUAGUACAACGGAAGGUAAGCAGGAUACAGAGGUCCACCUGUCUGUUCCCACAGGUUAAUGGUGUGCGUCCCUGCAACAUGACCCACUACGGUUUGCUGAUGAUGUGGAGCAGCCUGACCACACUGAGUGUCUUUGGUGUAUUCGUGGCUGGUCACUUCUGUCCCCAAGGUUGGGAGUCAUUGCAAGACAGAUGUUACCUGUAUGUAAAUCGCCUCUUGACUUGGUCAGCAGCAAAGGAAAUCUGCAAUGGCAGUUCUUCUUCCCUCGUUGAAACUGAAUCAGAGGAGGAGAACAGUUUUGUUCACAACAUGAUGAGGGCCCAUGGAGCACAGGUUGGCGUGUGGCUGAACAUCGAUGACAGGACCCAGGAGGGUCACUGGGUGUCGUCCACCACACACCAGCCCCUGACCUACAGCAAGUGGAACGACGGCGAACCCAACAACAUGGACGAUGAAGACUGCGGCAUGAUGCGUCUCCCUGGCAACUGGAAUGACCUGAACUGUCAGAAGGGGGAUGUCAACAACGCCGUCUGCGAGAAAGUCUGUUCUGAAGCUUUUGAAUGUUCAUCGUGGACCAAAAAUUAAACUACGAUACAAGGUGAUAAUUUGAAGUAGACAUCGACGAUGUGCGCGGGUGCCCUCUCCCCAGCCUGCAAGAGUUCAUCGGCCCCGAACGGGCCCGUUUCGGGCUGAGAAAUGGGGCCGUUAAGGGAAGUUACACUCCCAGCCCGCCGUAUUAUGGGAGCCUAAAGUGCAUCGGCCCCUUGCGGGCUUGGGAGAAAUAACUCCCUCAGCCCUCCAAAGCCCCACCCUAAAAACACCUCGCAGCCCUUCCAUAGUCCCUCAGCCCUCCAGAGCCCCACCCUAAAAACACCUUGCAGCCCUUCCAUAGUCCCUCAGC